AUGAUUAGCAUUGACUUUUUGGCCAAGUUACUUAGUUUACCGUAUGUGGUGAUCAAGGCUGUAUUGCAGUAUUACACUGUGGGUACCAUCUAUAGUCGUACAAACAUUGAGUUUCGCAAUUCUUUGUGGAAGAAUGUGUUGUUAUCGGUAGAAUAUCAUAUGAGUGGUAAUUACAAGAAGCAAAACGUCAAGGCUGUUGUUUAUGAGCCAGUUGAGAAGGUGUUUAAGCAAGUUGCCAAAAAUCCUAUGGUUAAAUCUUUGAAUGGGUUUGGGGAAAAGUUUGAUGCCCGUUCGUAUUGGAUCCACAAGAGUGACAAUCCAUCGGGUAAAGUUUUGGUUUACCUUCAUGGUGGUGGGUAUUUGUUGAAUUUGUUUAAAUCGCAGUUGGUUUCUAUUGCUGCGUUGCAUUAUGCAUUGGAUGCAAGGGUUGCUGAUGAGUUGUCUAUUUUGGUUGUUGAUUACCUGUUGACACUUUUUGAUCAUGUAUUUCCAGCACAAUUGGUGGAGAGUCUUGAGAGUUAUACCAAUUUAAUCAAAGCUGGGUUUAAGGAUAUACAUCUUAUUGGUGAUUCUGCAGGGGGCCAUUUAGCUGUUAAUAUGCAAAUGGCUAUUGCCAAUCCAAAGGAGACUAAGGAGAUGUUUGCGGAUUUUGGAUACGACGGUGGUGCUCUUGAUGGGAAACUUGUAGCUCCAAAAAGUUUAUCGUUGCUUUCGCCAUGGGUGCAACCAACUGUUGCGCCAAUUGUUUCGCCGGGAGUCAAUACAUGGGGUGACCUUGGGGCUUUGGAUACUACUCUUGGGGAAUUGUUUGUUGAAGGGAUUCCAAAAGAUCAAUUGGCCAGAUAUAAUAGAUAUAUAAACUUGUGCAAUGUGCCACCACUCCCAGAAACAUUGGUCAUUGUUGGUGAAAGAGAAGUGUUGAAGAAUGGUAUUGAUAUGUUUGUUGCUGAUGCCCAAGGUCCUAUAGAGUAUCACGAAGAGCCAGGUGGUAUUCACGCAGCAAUGGUUUAUGUAGAAGGGUUAGAUUAUUCUGGAAACAAGGGAGCCAAGAGGGCAAUUGCUGGAGAUUUUACAAACAAGUUUGCCUACAAUUUGGUUGCUGAGUUUUUAAGUAGAAAUGUAUAG